GACCAUAUACCGGUCCUUUACAGCUGAGCGUUUGUGCUUGGCAAGAAACGUAUUCGUCUUUUAUUAUCAUUUUCUCGGAAGCGGGCUUCCGUACAAGUAUAACUAGGCCAUAUUUAGAAAGGGCAAUUAAAGAAGGCGUUUCCUCCCAGCUAUUUACAAUGGAAAGCCUAAGCCAAUUCAAAAAUCUGCCUUUAGUGUUGUUUGUGAAUGGGAAAAAAACUACCGAUACCGCUCCAGAUCCCGAGUGUACUCUGUUGGCGUAUUUGCGUGACAAACUGCGUCUCUGUGGCACGAAGCUCGGAUGCGCCGAGGGAGGAUGCGGAGCGUGUACGGUGAUGGUGUCGAAGGUCGAUCGCAGGACGGGCCAUCUGCAGCAUCUGGCGAUCAACGCUUGUCUAACGCCGGUGUGCUCCGUCCACGGAAUGGCCGUAACAACGGUUGAGGGUAUUGGAAGUACCCGGACCCGCCUCCAUCCGGUCCAGGAACGCAUCGCCAAGGCGCACGGCUCGCAGUGCGGCUUUUGCACUCCCGGCAUCGUUAUGUCAAUGUACUCGUUACUACGAAGCUCUCCCGUUCCAUCGAUGAAAGAGCUGGAGAUAGCCUUCCAGGGCAAUCUGUGUCGCUGUACCGGGUAUCGCCCAAUCCUGGAGGGAUACAAAACCUUCACCAAGGAGUACGGCACUGACUGCGCUAUGGGCGAGAAAUGCUGUCGAAACGGAAACGGCAAAGGUUGCGGCCAGAACGGUAAUGAAGAGGUAGAUACGGAGCUGUUUCAACCGAGCGAGUUUAUGCCCUACGAUCCAUCCCAGGAGCCCAUCUUCCCUCCAGAACUGAAGCUCUCGGACAAAUUCGACUCGGAGUCGCUGGUUUUUCGUACGUCCCGCACCGCCUGGUACCGGCCAACGAAGCUUGCCGAUUUGUUGGCGCUGAAAAAAGUUCAUCCGGAAACGAAGAUUGUCGUCGGCAACACGGAAGUAGGGGUUGAAGUCAAGUUUAAGCACUUUGACUAUCCCGUCCUGGCCAAUCCUUCCCAAAUAAAGGAGCUGACGAUGAUCGAGCGACAAGAGCAUGGUAUGAAAAUAGGAUCCGCGGUCACGCUGAUGGAAAUGGAAAAAGCACUCCGGAAGGAGAUUGAAACCGGUCCGGCGACUGAGACGCGCUUGUUUCAAGCUAUCGUCGAUAUGCUGCACUGGUUUGCAGGCAAGCAAAUCCGCAAUGUGGCUUCCGUGGGAGGUAACAUCAUGACGGGAAGUCCGAUUUCCGACUUGAAUCCCAUCUUCACUGCGGCAGCUAUCGAACUGGAAGUAGCGAGCUUGGACGGCGGAGUUCAGAAAGUGCGAAUGGGCGAUGGAUUCUUCACCGGCUAUCGAAAGAACGUGAUUCAACCCCAGGAAGUUCUGCUGUCCCUCUUUAUCCCGCGGACCAACAAAGAUCAGCAUUUCAUUGCGCAUAAACAGGCCAAACGGCGCGAUGACGAUAUUGCCAUCGUGAACGGAGCGUUCAAUGUACGCUUUCGCCCGGGAACGGAUAUUGUCGAACAAAUCCACCUGGCAUUCGGUGGAAUGGCGCCAACGACUGUUCUGGCCAAGAAGACGGCCGCUGCUCUGGUCGGAGCUCGAUGGGAUGCUCAGCUUGUCGAACGGUGCAACGAUUUGCUUGUGGAAGAGCUUCCACUCAGUCCAUCGGCUCCUGGUGGUAUGAUCGUUUACCGACGAUCGCUAACGUUGAGUCUCUUCUUCAAGGCAUACCUAGCGAUCGCUCAAUCGCUUGACAAACAACAAAUCCCCAACAGGAAGCCCAUAGGUGAUCGCGAGAAGAGCGGUGCCAGCACUUUCCAUACGCUAUUGCCCAAGAGUACCCAAUUGUUUGAAAAGGUGUCUGGCGAUCAACCCAUUACCGAUCCAAUCCGUCGACCGCAGGUGCAUGCCUCGGCCUACAAGCAGGUCACCGGAGAAGCCAUAUAUUGUGACGACAUUCCAAAGUUUUCCAACGAGUUGUAUCUAGCAUUCGUAUACAGCACGAAAGCGCACGCCAAAAUUCAAUCAAUCGAUCCGUCGGAAGCACUGAGCCAGGAAGGUGUCCAUCGCUUCUUUAGUGCGGAGGAUCUGACCGACGACCAGAACCGCCUUGGAGCAAUAGUGGAAGACGAGCGGGUGUUUGCUAAAGAUAUUGUUACCAGCCAGGGACAGAUAAUUGGUGCCGUUGUAGCAGAGACGGAGUCAAUUGCCAAACAAGCUACCAAAAAGGUACGAAUUUUGUACGAGGAUAUCACACCCAUCAUAGUGUCCUUGGAAGAUGCAAUCGCGAAAAGAUCUUUCUUUCCGGAAGGAUCACUACGGCUGGAGUUUGGCGAUGUGGACGCAGCAUUCCAAUCCGCAAGCAGCAUUGUGGAAGGGGAAUGCCGCACAGGUGCUCAGGAACAUUUCUAUCUUGAGCCUAUUGCUUGCAUUGCUUUCCCGCGCGAUUCGGACGAGCUGGAAAUCAUCAGCUGUAGCCAACAUCCGGCUGAAGCACAACGCAAAGUGGCCAAUACAUUAGGCUUGCCAUGCCAUAAAGUGUUUUCUCGAGUUAAACGCCUCGGAGGAGGAUUCGGUGGGAAAGAAACCAAGGUUGAUCUGUUCGUCACACCCGUCGCACUAGCCGCUUAUCGCCUGCGUAGACCCGUUCGAUGCGUUCUAGAUCGAUGCGAUGACAUAGCCGUAACUGGAACUAGACAUCCAUUUUUGGUACAGUAUCGUGUGGCAGUCACGAGCGAUGGAUUGCUUCUGGCCGGUGAAUAUAAAGCCUAUUGCAACGCGGGUUAUUCGAGGGAUUUGUCCUAUUCCGUAAUGCAACGAGCACUGUUGCAUAUUCAAAAUGCCUACAAAAUACCUAACCUUCGCAUUGAAGGAUGGGUUUGCAAAACCAAUAUUCCUUCCUGUACAGCUUUUAGAGGGUUCGGCUCUCCACAGGCGAUGCUUGUAGCGGAAACUGUUAUACGCCAUGUAGCACAGAAACUACAACUUGAUCAUGUCGCAGUGAUCGAGCGAAAUUUGUACAACAAUAAUGGCGAUCGUACGCACUACAACAAACUGAUUGAAAAUUGCACCGUACGGCGGUGUUGGAAUGAGCUUUUGAAAUCCUCUGAAUUCCAAAAUCGACAGAUCGAAGUGAACAACUUUAACCGGGCAAAUCGAUGGCGCAAGCGUGGAAUUGAUGCAGUACCGACGAUGUACGGCAUUGCCUUUAACGUACCCGGUCUCGACCAAUCCGGCGCAUUGGUGCAUGUCUAUCAAGAUGGAACCGUGCUGAUAGCGCACGGAGGUGUUGAAAUGGGACAAGGAUUGCAUACUAAAAUGAUUCAGGUGGCUGCCACUGCCCUUCAGAUUCCGUUCGAAAAGAUCCACUGCUCUGAAACCAACACGGACAAGGUGCCAAACACUUCGGCAACGGCUGCAAGCGUUGGUUCGGAUUUGAACGGUGCUGCCGUGUUGGAGGCCUGCCACAAACUGCUGGCACGUAUUGAACCCUACCGAAAGAAGGAUGCCACCGCGGGUUGGAACGCCUGGAUCCAACAGGCCUAUUUUGAUCGGGUUUCGCUAUCUGCGACCGGCUUCUAUGCCACACCGGAAAUCAAUUACAACUUUACCACAAACACUGGCAAUCCUUUUCAUUACUACACGUUCGGCGCGGCAUGUUCCGAAGUGGAAAUCGAUUGUCUUACGGGAGAUCAUCAGGUGCUGCGUACGGACAUUGUGAUGGAUGUGGGCUCCAGCAUUAACCCCGCGAUCGACAUCGGUCAAAUCGAGGGAGGAUUCAUGCAGGGAUAUGGUCUCUUCAUGCUCGAGGAAAUGAUCUAUUCGCCGACAGGUGAGGUGUACUCGCGAGGUCCCGGUACCUAUAAACUGCCCGGCUUUGCAAACAUUCCUGGUGAGCUGAACGUCUCGCUGCUAACCGGAGCUCCUAACCCUCGAGCGGUAUAUUCAUCCAAAGCCAUCGGAGAACCGCCGCUGUUUUUAGCUUCGUCAGCGUAUUUUGCAGCAAAGGCCGCAAUUGCAGCCGCACGAAAGGAAGAAGGGAUAUUAGGUAAUUUCAACCUAACUGCCCCGGCUAGUGCAGCUCGCAUUAGGAUGCUCUGCAGUGACAGCAUUACACGCAAGUUCCCCGAGCACAAUACUACCGAAUCGUGGAAUGUAAUGGCUUAAAUGUGUUAGAAAACACUUCAAUUUUGAAGCUCUCCAGUCCAGCCAAUGAUUAGCUCUAGGGUAGCGCUUCAGCGUAGUGGAAAUAUUUGAGGAGAAGCCAUACAAUGUUAGAUAUACCGAUAGUUUACCGCACGUUUCUUGUAUCUGCGUAUUUUCUUCGUCAAUAAUAAAAAGGUGUCGGGAAUACUUCUCGGAAGGCACAUUGCCUCCAGAUAGAUUAA